CACCCCCAUGUCAGCCUGGCCCGGACAUGGCGCUUUUACCCGGUAAGAUCGUUUGUAUCACUGGGUCGUCGCGAGGUAUCGGCCGAGCCUGUGCUGUCGAAUGCGCAAAACAGGGCGCAAAGGGCCUCAUUUUACAUUAUCUGGGGGAUGCCGCGACCGAGCAGGAGGUCCAAAGCCUGAGGGAGGACAUAGAGGCAAACUACGCCCCUACCAAGGCUGUUGUCGUCGCGGGUGAUAUCGGUGACCCUACGACUUCCUCAAAGAUUGUGGAAGCCGGUGUUGCAGCUUUCGAACGGAUAGACGUCCUCGUCAGCAAUGCCGGGAUCUGCCCAUUCGCAGAGUUUUUGACGAUGCCCCUUGCAGUUUGGGAGAAAACUAGGCAAGUUAACUUGGACGGCUCGUUUUAUGCAACCCAGGCCGUCGCAAAGCAAAUGGAAAAGCAAACUCCUCAGGGAGGUUCUAUCAUAGGUAUCUCCUCGAUCUCUGCCCUCGUUGGCGGAGGCCAACAGUGCCACUAUACACCAACGAAAGCGGGCAUCCUCUCCCUCAUGCAGAGCUGUGCCGUCGCUCUUGGGAAAUACAAUAUUCGCGCAAAUGCAAUUCUUCCCGGAACAAUCGCCACCGACAUCAAUAAAGAAGAUCUCUCCGACGAAGUGAAGCGCGAGGGUAUGAUAAAGCGCACAUGUCUGGGACGGCUAGGUACACCGGAGGACAUAGCCGGACCCGUUGUAUUUCUUGCGAGUGACCUCGCCAGAUAUGUUACGGGCGCGUCGCUGCUUGUGGACGGAGGUCUAUUCGUAAACUUGCAAUAAAUACGCCGUCCGGUUAAGUACACCGAGCUAAUCAAUGCUUCUCGUCGCUUGCAAUAGUAGGCUCCAGACGUUGACCAUUCACCACUGCCGGCUCCGCAUCCACUAGCACGCAUACCCAUCUUGCCCAGUCUGGCCCUGGAUUCCUCCAGGCGUGCAUAGUACCCUUUUGUACGACGACGGUGCCCGGCUGAUCUAUCAAUUGC